AGACAUGCAAGAAAGAGCUAACAUCCUUGUCACGGAGCUAUUUGAUACAGAGCUGAUCGGUGAAGGAGCAUUGCCCAGCUAUGAACAUGCACACAUGCACCUCGUCCAGGCAGGUUGUGAAGCUGUGCCGCAUCGUGCAACAAUCUAUGCCCAGCUGGUGGAGUCGGACAUGCUGUGGAAAUGGUCACAGCUCCAACCCAUAGAGGUGGAUGGGAACAAACUCCUGCCCCCUCCUGCUGUGGUGAAGUGUGCAGGAGCGCCCUCUGUCUGUGACAUCCAGCUUAGCCAGGUGCCACCAGAGUCUUUCACUCCCCUCGGGCCUAUCUGUACUAUGUUCAGUGUGGAUUUCAGCAAACCGGUUAGCAGCACUGCUCAGUCCUACAUGGCACAGUUCAAGGCCCAGACCAGUGGGAGAGCACAGGUGGUCGUAUCCUGGUGGGACAUCGACAUGGACCCUGAUGGCAACAUUGUGUGCACUAUGGCACCCAGCUGGAACUACUCAGAUCCUCGUACUUACCCU